AUGUACCUUGCCUGCCAUGAGGAGACGGUGCAGCAGCAGCAGGAGCAUUCCGGACGCGGGCUGGUUACCCUGCUUUACCAUGAGGUGGUACGUACUAGGCAGUUUGAGCUAAGGCAGCUCUGCCGAUUCCCCUCUUUUUCUGCCACACAGCCUUCAGCCCCGUCUGACACCAUCGCGACAAUCAUUAUAACCGUCCGUCACCGCGAUCUCACCUACACAGACCACCACAACCCACAUACACAUCAUCUCCAUCCCGUCCAACUACCUUUCCCUCCCCCACAGUUGACCCUAGCAGUAGGUACAUACCUAGACAGCGACUAG